GCUUGCAGGGUGCCAGCCGCGAGCGCGCCCGGAUGGGUGAGCGCGGCGGCCGUGGCGGCUGGGGCGCGUCGACGGCGGGGGCCCCUGGCCCUCGCGCGGCCGGCGGCUGCGGGGCCCGACGGCGGGGGCCCCAGCCGUGCGAGCCCCGUGCGCGAGAUGCGGGGGGGCGCGCAGGUCCUGCUCGGCGAGCUGGCGGGCGGCGGGGCUGAGGCCAAGGCUGCCCAUCAGGCGUCGGGAGUUUGGCGAGUGCCGAGGCGCUUCGCCAAGGCGCCGCCCAUGCGGCCCCGCGAAGGGCGCAGCCAGCGCCUCGGCCGAUUCGCCGCCCUGGGGGGCGGGGGAGAUGCGGGCGAGGACGAGCCCCCGUUCGAGGUCGAUGGCGAGGGCGGCAUCGGGCCGCGCGCGGCGGCAGCGGGCGCGGCGGCGACAGGCGACGUCGGCGACGGCGCGCCGCUGGCGGGCUUCGAGGAGCUGUUGGGCAGCAACGUCAACUGGGUGGCCGCGAAGGUCGAUGGCGAAGUUCACGGUGAAGCGGCGGCCCAGGGCGCGCGGGCGGAGACGCCGGGCACGCAGCAAGAGGCCAAAGGUAGAAGCCCGGAGCUCCAUGGGGACGUCGUCGAGCUUUUGUGGGACGGCGCGACGCUGCCGCCGCUGGUCGAGGGGCCGCGAGAGGGCGUUGAGGUGCCCCUCGAAGCGGAGGCCGCGGACCCGGAGGACGACGAGCGCGGCUCCUCCGAGGGCGGCGGCACGCGCGCGGGCGAGACGGGCGGCGAGGAGGAGUGCGUCGACAAGGGCAUGUUGCCGUUGCCGUGGUCUUGCGGGGGCCGCGUGCAUGGGCCCUCGCGGCGACGCCCGCGGCCUCCGCCGCGCGCGGGCGAUCGGCGACGGGCGGCGGAGUUCAUCGCCAGGCGCUGGCGGGAACAGAUGUUGCACAAGCUGGAGGGCGAGCUGGGGCGCGGGCGGGAGGAGCGCGCGCGGCCGCGGGAGGAGCGCCGGCCCGCCCUGCCGGCUAGGGCUCGCGCGGCCCGGGCGGCCAAGAGGGCC